GAAAUGUAGUUUAGCUGUGUCCCGAGGGGGAGAAGAGAAACUGUCCCACCACACCGAGGGAACACCAAAAUGUCGACUAUAGGAAGAAGGACUUGCAAGAGCCAGCAAAGAGCCUUCAAGAGAGAAACCCGGAUAAACAUGGCAUCGAGGAUAAAAUAGUUGGAAGCCUGGACUAGAGUGAGACAAGCAAGGUCCUAGGUGCAAGAUGGACCCUGGGAAAAGGAGUUAAAGGGAGGGAAGGGUUGACUUUCUACUCUUACUCAUAGAGUUUUCUCACUUGAUUAUCAGUUGAACCCACAAGGGAGGAAUUAUCACAUCUUACAGCUAAGGAAAAUGAGGCACAGAAAAGGCCAAGAAGGUAUUCAAGAUUAAAAAGGAUGGAAUUAGGAUCUGAACCCAGGACCGAGGCUGAUGAUUUUCCCAGGGCGCCCAUCAGAGAAGUUUUCCAGCCUGCUCAUGUGAAGCCUGGGGAGGGCUGAGUGUGUGGAGGGUCCUGGGCUUCUGGCUCAGGGAGAAGACUUCUGAGUUACACACUUCUGAGCUACACAAAUGAGAGCUCCUCCUGUCCCACGUAGAGAGCAGAAGAAGGUGUGUCCAGCGCCAGGGGUCCUGGGAGAGGGCAGGAGAGAGCUCCAGAGAACUGGAGAAGGGCUGGCUAGACCUGGCUAGACCGGCCCCUUCCUCCUUCCUCUGGCAGCCCCGCCCCCACUCUGGGCCUCUGGGUCGUGGACUGAGAGUGGACACGCCAGCCCUGCGCCUCCAGCCAUCAUGGACCCUAAAGGCCUGGAGCUGCUGCUGCCCCCCACCACUCUGGCCGCCCUGGCGGACAGCUGGCUCCGCGAGGACUGCCCAGGCCUUAACCACGCAGCCUUGGUUUCGGGGGCAGCCCCGUCGCAGGCGGUGCUGUGGGCCAAGUCCCCCGGGGUACUGGCCGGGAGGCCUUUCUUCGAUGCCAUCUUUGCCCGAGUCAACUGCCAGGUGUCCUGGUUCCUCCCUGAAGGCUCCAAGCUGGUGCCGGUGGCCAAGGUGGCCGAGGUCCGGGGCCCCGCGCACUGCCUGCUGCUGGGCGAGAGGGUGGCCCUGAACACGCUGGCCCGCUGCAGUGGGGUGGCCAGCGCCGCCGCCGCCGCCGUCGAAGCCGCCAAGGGGACCGGCUGGACCGGGCACGUGGCUGGCACCAGGAAGACCACGCCCGGCUUCCGGCUGGUGGAGAAGUUCGGGCUCCUGGUGGGCGGGGCCGCCGCCCACCGCUAUGACCUGGGAGGGCUAGUGAUGGUGAAGGACAACCACGUCCUGGCCGCCGGAGGUGUGGAGAAGGCAGUGCAGGCGGCCCGGCAGGUGGCUGACUUCACCCUGAAGGUGGAGGUGGAGUGCAGCAGUCUGCAGGAGGCUGUGGAGGCCGCCAAGGCCGGAGCGGACCUCGUCCUGCUGGACAACUUCAGGCCUGAGGAGCUGCACCCCACGGCUGCUGCGCUGAAGGCCCAGUUCCCCGGUGUGGGCGUGGAGGCCAGCGGAGGCAUCACGCUGGCCAACCUCCCCCAGUUCUGUGGGCCCCACAUCGACGUCCUCUCUCUAGGGAUGCUGACCCAGGCUGCCCCGGCCCUUGACUUCUCUCUCAAGCUGUUUCCUGAAGGGGCCACGCCCAUGUACAAUGCCCACAGGUCCUAAAGGCAAAGAGGAUGCAGCCACCAGUGGGAUAGCAUGGUUUCUUGGGACCCUCAAGGUUGCCCCUAAGUAUAGUACACGACUCUCCCGGCACUGGCCUGGGCUGCAGUCUGGCUCUGCCAUCUACUGCUUAUGUGAGUUGGAGGGGCUGACUUCACCUCUGUUCAUCUGUACAAUGGGUCUAAUAAAUGAGCAACCUUACAGA